AUUGACAAUACCUCUGUAAACACCGCAUUUUGGGCAUCUUGCACCUGCAUCUCUGUCAAUUGUCUCGUUCUCCGUCGCUAAACUCAUAUUGCUCGUCGUGAAGGCCCUUGUCUUGCAGGGAUCUGCCUCAAUCACUUACUACUACAGUAUCAAUGCUCUCGAAUUUCAUCUCUAGUGGUUACAUGUGCCACAAUGCACGCGUGCUUAUGUCAGUGGUGUCUUCUCUACUCGCGUUUAGCGACUUCGUAUAGCCCUAUCUCUCCAAUCGGGCCCUGAAAACCCUCAAGCCAUGGAUUUCGGAAGAGCUUGCUGGUUCCUGAGAAAGUCUUGUUUCAAGAGACCGCUUUGUCUCCGACCCAUUAGGCUUCCAGAUCACAUUUCAAAUCCGCCGAAUCUGGCGUGCCCUCCAAUGAUUUGACGAAGAUGCCUUUCAAAAACGGGUUAGACCACCACUACCCAAGCAUCUUGCGCCUCGUGUCUGGACCUGGAUCGCCUAGCCUUAGGUAUCUGUACCGAGAUGGAGUUCCAUCGAGAUCCAAACGCUCAGCUAAGGAUGAGGAAAGCAGUAUAGGAACCACCGUCCAUCUUCUCGAUCUCUUCGUCAUACGGCAAUCUCUUCAAAAGAGUCUUCUGCCUGUCUUUGCCGCCAUGGCCACGACGACACUUCUUCAUCAACUUCCGGCCACGGAACAACUCCUUCUCCAGCUCUUCCCCGACUCAAUGUCUCAGGACAAGCGUUCACCCGGUCAACCCGUGCCCUUCCAGGGAGAGUUCUCCUUUGUCAACAAGGACGCUGGCAACAUCGACUCCAAAGACCAUAACGCUGCGGUUUCAUGGCAUGUCAUGAAUCGCUACGAACGAUGGAAGAAGCAACAACAAGCCAAACAACUGCGGGCCUCUGCUAAUGUCCCGGUGGGGCCUCUCUCAUCCCCGACGCAGCAACAAUCACAGCAGCGGUCCAGAUCAACGGCAGAAGCGCACCGGAGACAGUCCGCACCCGUACGUCGAGUUCCGUACGUAGUCCCCCAAAGCCCCCGAUUGACAGAACCUUUGCAGACUCUGCCCAAUCCUACGGCCACACCAUUCGGUUUCGACCCAUGGAUGGCGGAGCAGCCACUGCAGCUAGGGUACCCGGGCAUAAGCUCCGAGCAGACAUCCACCAGUGCACCACGGACAACAGUCACAUCCGUUACUUCGACCCCUUCCACUCAGUCAGGGAUGGUCGAAGAUGAUCCGUCUGCGCUGCUUGCUUCGAUGAACGCGCCCAUAGACCUGGGCGAGAUCAUCUUCGACACGGCUACCUCAUCCAUGAGCCCGCUCAUGAGCACUCUGAUAGCAUUUGCAUACGAAGUAUUCAUCCCUCAACAAUGGCCUAAAGAAUCAGACCGUAGUCCAGGCGCUUACGAGAUAGCGCGCUGCUGGGAUGACACAACACUUAUCAGCCAGGAUACGUGCUACGCCAACGCAUAUCUAAGUCUUCUAGCGGCAACUUUGGCUGUUCUCACGGACGAUGACAGUCUAGCCUAUCAGUCUAGGUACUUCCAGGGGCAGGCUAUGGUGGAACUGCGGCAACGAGUGGCCCAACUGAAGUCUCCGGACCUGGUUACUCUCAAAGCCAUUCUCAAGCUCUUUUCGUCCGAAACCCUGGUUGACAACACAGCCGUGGCGCGCAUGCACCUGAAAAUGCUGCGCAAUCUAGUAAACUCCGCUGGAGGCGUCAUUUUGAUGGAUUCCUGGUUUCGAGAAGACCUUUUGUCCUGCGACUGUUAUUUCGCGCUCAAGUACGAAACGCGGCCCCUUUUUCCAGCCCAAGAGUGGACCCCCGGACCGCUGAGUCAACCGUGGAAAGCACGACUGUUGUCAGCCGGUGUUUUCGGUGACCACGCAGCAGGAAUUGAUCCGCUGAUUGAGCACCCUGUGAUGAAGGCGGUUGUCACUGACCUGCGUGAGCUCUUCAAGGCCCGAGAAUAUACUCAAAACCACGACGUGCCGACGGACGAUCAGCUCUUGAGAUGGCAACAGCUGCGCAAGUUUGACUGCAUAUCAAGACUAGCCGACCACUAUGUCAACCUUGCGAUAUAUCCUCAUCUAUUUCUGCGACCUAUAACGCAAGCCUGUACCUGCAUUACGACGGCGUUGAUGACCGCGAUGGUCCUAGGCUCUCCUGAACCAGUGCGGUUCGGGCUCAAGCAGAUCAACGACCUGCGCAAGAAACUGCGGGAGAGUCAGGCGGAGAGAGACGGCGCGCAGGAUCGGCGACUCCGACUGUGGGCGUUGUAUGUAGGCUGGCUGGCCGAAAAGGCACAUCCUGUGAAUGUGAGUCAGGAAGCGUGGUUUGAGAGCAAUUACCGCAAUGCAGCGGUUGAAAUGGACUUGUCCGGCUGGGAAGACGUGAAGAGGGUGAUGAGACAAUUUCUGUUCUCAGAACGACUACAUCAAGAGAUCGAAACCGGCCGUCCACAUCGUAUCAUGGACGUGAGGCAAGGUAUAUAUUCGACAUCAGGUUGCAGUUGGCGAGAGCCUAUUCUCGAGUCCAACUUCACAAUGGAUGAAUCUGAGGGUGAACUCAUGUCUGCCGCGGCCGGCAAACAAAGGGCUGAUGAGGGUUGAAAGGGUCAGCUCGAAGCAAGUCGCUGCACAAGAGCUCAUGUCGAGAAGUUUGAGCAAGGCGUUCCUGGUUUAUGGACUUGAGGUCCCAAGGACUGAUUUGGUGGUGGAGCUGCGAUCAGUCAUGCUCAAGGGGAUGUGACAGCUUUCCUGAUCAGGUGUUGGUGGACUCCAUAUGCGCAGGACAUAGUUAAACAGGUUUUCGAACCUGAUAGUCAAGAGAUACCCAGUGGAAUGGAUCAAGUAGAUGGGCUCGAAUCUCAUGGUCAACAGGAGCAUUUGUACUCGUUUGAGAGCUAAACCCAAAUCGGAAUACUCCCAAUCCGGUUGGUCACUUUUAUCUUCCUCAUCGUUGCUCCAUCUUCAAAUAAACAUUCGGCU